CCCGGCCUCCGCGCUCGAACAGAAACUGCUCUUCCAUUGAUUGGGCCCCGUUGGGCGAGGGGCCGGUGCGUGUGCCCCGAGCGAGCGCGUGCGGAAGGCAGAAGGGCAGGAAGUCGGCCUUGGCAGCGAGGGUGGCGGCACCGCGCAGGGGACGAGCCUUCCACAUUUAUGUGUCUGCCGGCCUUCGCCUUCUUCGCCCUAGGACUUCAGAAGCGUCUCCGAGCUGCGUUCCCCGCGUGGGAGGCACGGAAGGGCUGGAUGUCUGAACAACAUGAUUAUCCAUUAACCUCCAAACUUCCCUUUCUUUAACCCAAAGAAUAUCGGUGAUUUUUGUCCACUGCUAGCAGAAGAAGAGAGAACCCAGGGCUCUUGAAAUGCAGCAAAAUCCUUAUUUAUAAACAGGCCUGAGAUAGUGAUAGGCAAAGCCCCUGUACUCAGUGCAUUUUCUAUCCUAUGGAUAUCGGUCUUGAGAUUUGAGAUUGGAGAGCAGUACCGUCUGCACUGGGGUCUGGCAGCCUCCAUCCUUUCAAUGCCCAGUCUCCUCUGGGACUGCUGGCCUUCCCUGGAGAUCAGAGCGGUACUGUGUGCCAUGGGCUGUAUUCAGAGCAUCGGGGGCAAAGCCAGAGUCUUCCGGGAAGGUAUCACGGUGAUUGAUGUGAAAGCCUCUAUCGACCCCAUCCCCACCAGCAUCGAUGAGUCCUCCAGCGUGGUGCUCCGCUACCGGACACCCCACUUCCGGGCCUCGGCCCAGGUGGUCAUGCCACCCAUCCCCAAGAAAGAGACCUGGAUCGUCGGCUGGAUUCAGGCCUGCAGCCAUAUGGAGUUCUACAACCAGUACGGGGAGCAGGGCAUGUCCAGCUGGGAGCUCCCGGACCUCCAGGAGGGCAAGAUCGAGGCCAUCAGUGACUCAGACGGAGUGAACUACCCCUGGUACGGCAACACCACAGAGACGUGCACUAUUGUGGGUCCCACCAAGAGAGACUCCAAGUUCAUCAUCAGCAUGAACGACAACUUCUAUCCCAGCGUCACGUGGGCCGUGCCCGUCAGUGAGAGCAACGUGGCCAAGCUGACCAACAUCUACCGGGACCAGAGCUUCACCACGUGGCUGGUGGCCACCAACACCUCGACCAAUGACAUGAUCAUUUUGCAGACGCUGCACUGGCGGAUGCAGCUCAGCAUCGAGGUGAACCCCAACCGGCCCCUGGGCCAGCGCGCCAGGCUGCGGGAGCCCAUCGCCCAGGACCAGCCCAAAAUCCUGAGCAAGAACGAGCCGAUACCGCCCAGCGCCCUGGUCAAGCCCAAUGCCAACGACGCUCAGGUCCUCAUGUGGCGGCCCAAGUAUGGGCAGCCGCUGGUAGUGAUCCCACCCAAGCACCGGUAACAGCCAGCGUGCCCUGCUAGGCUGGACUCAAAUAAUAACACUGCUCCAACAACACCCACACGGACUCUUCAGUCAUUCAGCAAAAUACAACCACUCUACCUGCUCGAGCGGGCGGAUCUCACUGUGCAAAUGCCCCGGGAUGGCCUCCCCCAGCCCUCUUGGCACCUGCUUCCUUUCGGGGAGGGGGAGGCCCGGCCGGGACACCCAACCCCACGUCCCCCCUUCACCUUGGGUCUCCUUUUCUGGCAAUUCCAGUCAUUCACUUGCAAGACUCCCCGAAACAACUGCUUUUUCAGUUCUUC